UCCAUCUCCAUCAUUUUCUUUCUCCUCGUUCCUCCGCAAAAUCUUCCCCCCUCGUCAUCAGUUACAUUGACCAUUUUGGGGCUCUUCUCCUACACUCGCGCGCGCUCUCUCCCUCUCUCUCUCUACACUUGGUCUGUCUCUAUCAAAGACUCUUCUCAUCCUCGCCUCGCGCAGAAGGAUAUUGAGGGAAUAAUCAUCACCGCGUGGGUUGGGUUCUUCGCCUGGUGGCGGUUUAUCGAUAUCGUGCGCCAUCAUGUUCCCGCCGCAACAGGGCGUCACGCUCGACAUCGAAGCUCUGUCCGGCAUCUGCGGCUCCAUCUCCAUCGCCUGCUGGGUCGUGGUCUUCUCGCCGCAGAUCAUCGAGAACUUCCGGCGCGGGUCGGCCGAGGGCCUGUCGAUCGUCUUCAUCGUCGUCUGGCUGGCCGGCGACGUCUUCAACAUCCUCGGCGCCGUCCUGCAGGGCGUGCUGCCCACCAUGGUCAUCCUGGCCGUCUACUACACCCUGGCCGACAUCGUCCUGCUGGGCCAGUGCUUCUACUACCGCGGCUUCACCCUGACCGACUACGUCAAGCCCCCGCACCCGCAGAACGGCGACGCCGAGACGCGCCCGCUGCUGCACAGCGGCUCGGUGACCCAGCCGCCUUCGAGGGACGAGCACGAGCGGUCGUCGUCCAUCUCGCAUCUCCGCCGCCACCUGUCGGUGGAAGGCGCCCACCUGUCUCCCGUCACGCCGCUCAUCGACCCCCCCAAGCCGUCCGACCCCCCGGCGGUCAGGAACAUUCGCCCGACCACCGCGUGGCAGGCGGCGCUGCUCAACACCUUUGCCAUCCUCCUCGUCUGUGCCGCCGGGGUGUUUGGCUGGUGGAUCGGGGCGCAGAAGCAGCGGCACCACCGCACCAAGGACGAGCCGCCGCAGCCCCUGGAGUUUGACGUCCUGGGCCAGAUCUUCGGCUACCUCUGCGCCGUGCUGUACCUGGGAUCGCGGGUGCCGCAACUCCUGCUCAACUACAAGCGGAAGAGCACCGAGGGCGUAUCGCUGUUGUUCUUCCUCUUCGCGUGCAUCGGCAACCUGACCUACGACAUGUCCAUCUUUGCGUAUUCGCCCGUGUGUCGGCAACCGGGGCACUGCCUGCCGGGGGAGGCAAAGUCCAUCUACCUGCGGUAUAUUGCGGUGAACGCGAGCUGGAUUGCCGGCAGCCUGGGGACGCUGUUGUUGGACAUGGCCAUCUUUGUGCAGUUCUUCAUGUACCAGAAAGACGAGGGCGACGAUUCCGACUCCGCCAUUGUGGAUUAGAGGCAGGCACUUGGGUUUUGAUCUUGCUGGGUUGGGAAAAGAAGAGAGAAACAGCACCGUCUCAACAACAAACGACAUAUCGUUGCUUCUUAUGGAGAUGGGCUUCGGAGUUGCAGCGCAGCGGGCCAACUUUCCAGGGAUAUAGGAGAUUGCCGUCAUAUCCAGAUUUCAAGAACGAAACAGUCAGACCCGUUUGGCGUGGCAUUCGGCAGGAUGAAGUGUGGGUUCUGGGAGACCUUCUGUCAUGUCUAGAAGCGUCAAAAAGGGUGGUGGAUUUUGUUUUUAAAAAAUUGGAAACGGGUUUCUAAGUUUGCAUACAGGCUCAAAAUGGUGGAUAUCAUUGGGAUGAACUACAUCUACACAUCUAGCUGGUUGGCGCUUUUUGGGGGAGGAGAUUUUGAAGGUUGGUUCUGUCGGUGCGGAUGGGGAUCUAUCUUGCGGAAAUAAAAGUGUCGCAACUACGGUGUAUAUGCUAUACUAAGUGCUGGGCCAAAAGAAAUUCAUUGUAUGCUUGAUCCACCUGCAGGACAAUAAUACGGG